CCUUGUCCCAGCAGUGCCAGGUACACUGCUGACGGGUACCUGCAUAUUCUACCUCUUCCCAACGCUUCCGAUACCGCGUACCGGUUCCCCUCGGUGUCCUUUUGAGUCCAUAUGGAGCACGACGUGACGCCGCCACCCGUUUCGCCUUCCACACCGCUUUCCUCCUUGGAUGCUUCCUCUUCCCAACGCGAUGUUCUGGUAUAGAAAUCAAGAGCCUGGCACCGAAGAAAAGGGCGAUGGUUCGGCCGAGGAAUCUGAUUCGAGUCAUGACGAGAUCGUCCUUGCCCAGUCGCCGCAGGGAAGAACUUUGUUGCCUGCGCCUGCCGCCGCGGUCGUGAGCGGUAUCACCGGCCUGACCUCGUUCUACGUUCGUGCUGGCACAAAAAUAGGAGGAUGGGGACUAUACGCAGGAAGAGAAGCGACGAUGAAAACUCUGUCUGUGAGCAGAAGCGCUCUCGAGACGGUGCUCAUCGCGGCCGGGAGGGAUGUUUCUAGUAGGAGCAAUGGAGAACUUGGGAGGGCAGAGGCAGAGAACUUGCUGGAGAGAAGUAUAUCCGCAUUGUACUCAGCUAUCUCGACAAUCUCCUUUGUGGCGUCAACGAGCUUCUACCUGACCGAGGCUUCCAUGAACUCGAUAUCCGCAUUGUCCAUUCAAGGGCUGUCCACCCUGAAUGCCGUUCUUGGCUCAACGGAGUCUUCUCGUGCCGUCGCUGCUAUCAUAACUUUGAUCAGGGACGAGCUCGGCAAACCAGAGUCUGCCAACAGUGCGGAAGUCGCUUCGUACAUGGAUCUCAUCGUCGGGACCGUGAGUUUCGUCAUGCUCCAAAGAUGGGGCAGGCGCAAGACAGAACUCGACUUUAGGAACGCUGGCGGUGAAGAAACCAUUUGGGAUGCCGUUAUCGACGACAAGGGUUUCAGGGCAGAUGUUGUGGGUACUCGGAGGAAAGACAUGAUCAGCAUUCAUCGCGCCGGUGGCGGGCCUGCCAUGAAUUUUUCUUCUCCGGACGAUGAAGAGGAUUUUGAGGCAAUAGAAAGAGGGACCUUAUUCGACGCUUCUGCAAUGGCGGUGUCACCGCAAGACCAUACCAACCUGACCGACCAAGAAAUCAGAGAGCGAAUUGAGAGACAGCUGCCAGCAGGUGCUCGAGCUACUAUCACCUCGGAGACAGUCACCGCGAAAACCAUCAAGGUGGAUAUAUAUGGUGCGGAUACAACGCAAAUCGACCCUCCACCUGGGACGGUCAUGGUAGCGGAGAGACUGAAUCACCAAGCCUCCGCUUCUGGCUCUCUUGAAGGACCUCAGCAGACGAUCAUCUUCCGGACAGCCCUGAAGAGAUCAAACAGCACAGACAUUCCUUCUGCUGCGGAACAAUUGCGCCUCACCAACGACGAAGAAGCGAGGAGGGAUCAGCUUGAACAUGAUGAUGUAUUCAUGAUGAAGUUGCCUCAGCCGACAACGAUGGUGGAUGAAUCUUCUCAGACUGACCAUCCUGCUGUCAUGGACUUAGAACAUGACGUUGAGACUGUAGAGUCAUCUAGGCCGCCGACUCCUCCCCCUAAGGCCCCGGCGACAACUGCCAACCAGAAAAAGAGCCGACGUCCAAAUCCCCGUGAAAACUCACCUCCUGCCACCAACGUUAUAACUCGUGUACCACUGGUCAAGAACAGGAAAUCUAAGCCUUCACCAGAGGACAAGGGUGAUAGAGGAGGUGUGAUUAAAAAGGCCCUCAGGACUCUUAGCCCCAGCCAGUCUUCUACGGCCAUCAAGGAUCUUCACAAAAGUCUUCCUCAGCGAAAACCUCAUACAUCAAUACCGGCCUCAAACUCCGCACGUCGAGGAACUUCAGCAGUUCGUGGUGACACCACGCCGCGAAAACACUUUGGCUUUCUAAGCCAUGGCCAUUCUCCCAUGACAAGUCCAGGUUUGCAGCGAACCACUCAAACGGAAUCAUCAUCUAGCUAUUUUGCAGUACAUGAUCGAAGGAGGGACUCAACUGUAUCACAAACCACCGAAACAUACUCGAUCCAUUCGGUCGAGAGCCGGCCAGGGUCUCCUACCUUUACAAGAUGCCACGCCCGAGUCGUGAGUGGCAUCACCAAGACGAAUUCUGAGCUUGCCAUUGCGCUGGACGAGACAUCGUCUAGGAUUGACUCUGCAAAUGGUACAGCUCAUCAUGUUCGAUCGCGAUCUUUUGUACCCAGUCUUUACUCGAUGGCGACAAAAGAUUCGGCUGAGGCAAUCAUACUGGCACCGAAGACGCCAAUUCCACGAAAAUCUAUUUACGAAAAUCAAAAUAUCCUUAAUGCCCUUAUCCUUGAUGGCAAAGUGCCCGGCAUCUUUCCUGAUCGUCAUAUGGUCAGGACAGUCAGACGGUUUGCCAGAUUUGCAUCCGCCUCGUAUGGGUCCAAUUUUCUGCGAGUCAUGGGCCUCACUUCGGCCGAAGGACAACUCAGCAACGCCACGGACCUUAUGACUUUAGACGUACAUCAUGAACACAACUCCUUUUCCAGUCACACAGGACUGCCACCGGAUACAAUUUUGCUAUCUUCUUUUUACGAUCCAAAAGGUGUGACCGGUAAUACAGAUUGGUCGCCCUCGGCAAUAUCACCUUUAAUUCACUUUAUUUCUAUUGAUGACGACUCGAAAGCAGUUGUUUUGACUUGUCGAGGUACUCUUGGAUUCGAGGAUGUCUUGACAGACAUGACUUGCGAUUAUGAUGACUUACUCUGGCAAGGACAACGCUAUAAAGUACACAAGGGCAUCCAUGCUUCGGCCAGGCGACUACUAGGUGGCAGUGGAAGCCGCGUGAUGGCGACAAUUAGAGCAACACUGGAACAAUACCCCGACUAUGGCCUCGUUCUCUGUGGACAUUCUCUGGGCGGUGCUGUCGCCGCCAUUCUGGCUAUACUCAUCUCUGAACCAUCCUUUGACGGUUCGAAAACUCUUUUUGUCACCGGAAACAAGCCGAAGCUGCUCACCGGUCAGACCUCGAAUGACCCUUUUUCAUCCUAUAUCCCACCGAUCAGUUUGCCAGCUGGCCGACCCAUUCACGUCUAUGCUUAUGGUACUCCAGCGUGCAUGUCUGAGCUCCUCCGUGUGGCCACCAGAGGCUUGAUCACGACAGUUGUCAACCAUGCUGAUAUUGUUCCAUGCCUCUCUCUCGGUAUACUUCACGACUUUCGCACUGUCGCCCUCCAUCUCAAAUCGGACACCACAGACGCGCUAGGAGCUCUGAAAACUCGAGUAUGGCAACGCAUCAGAAACGCAGUAGCAUCUUCUUUUUACAAUAACCCCAAAGGGCCUCCUCCACCUGAAAACAUGGCUGGGGAUGGUCUGGGUGAAGACACCUGGGCUUGGUCCGCGUUGAAGACGCUAAGAGCAUCGAUGGUUAACGACAAGCUUGUUCCACCUGGUGAAGUGUUUGUGGUCGAGACUACGCGAGUGUUUGACAGGUUGGAUCCGAAUGUCGCUCGAGAAGCCGUUUUCGGUCCUGAUGACACCAAAGACGACCGAACUGAGAAAUUGUAUCGAGCUCUUGGCCGGCCUGCAACGAGAGUCCAGUUCAAAUUGGUGCGUGACGUUGAGACUCGAUUUGGAGAACUGAGAUUUGGCCGAGACAUGUUUGGUGAUCAUUCUCCUGGAAGAUAUGAGGCAGCGUUGGCGGCCUUGGAAAAGGGUAUCUGCGAGGAUUGAAGCCGGAUUUACAGAGAACUAUCAUCAUUCAUUUUGGAUUUGAAGAAGAUACAGAGUAUCAUCUACGACGUUAUGAGGCCACUUGGAAUUUAUUAGGCAAAUGUUUGGAUAAAUAAUAUACUAUAGCACAUAGUUGACCAGAUUACUGAGUGUCUUCUUUUAUAUCUCAGGGAAUGUGAAA